AUAUAAAUAUAUAUAAUUUUUAGAAAUAAGCAUGGCAGGUCGUGGACGGGGUAAAACUGGUUCGCUCACUCAAGAGCAACUCCAAACUUUAGGAUGCAUUGGAAAGGACAUUCCACAAGUGCAAACCGCACCUCCCCCAACAUUUCCACCGCUUAUGACCAAACCAGUAAAACUUGAGACUACAGCAGCACAAAAUUAUCAAAUACUGUGGAAGGAAGCGUAUCUUAACCACAUGCGCGAUUCACCUUAUUUCCUUACUCCAAAAAUUGCAAAUAUAAACCGUAAUUUGCAAAGCUACUCAGAUGAAUGGGCGAGCGCCGUUGAAAGUGCUAAAAGGAAAACUAAAGCCGAUUUUGUUUGGCAAAUGAUGCCCGCCGAACUACAUUCUACGCAGAAGAAACGGCGUAUUACAGGAAGUGAUAAAAUUGUUGCAAAAAAGUCGAAAAAUGUCGACGACCGUUUGAAAGUGCUAGAGGAAAAAGAGCGAAAUGAAGAUAACAAAGACGUUGCAAAAGCCUCGACAGAUUCAGAACAAGAGGACGAGGAGGAAGAGGAAGCUCCUGCAGAUGAGGAGAUGGACGACGAGAAUGAUUAUGGAAAUAGUUACUUUGAUAACGGUGAAGCUUAUAAUGAAGAAGAUGACAAUCUUGAUGAUGGACCUGUUUAUUAAAAAAAAACAUGAUUACUUCGAUUCUCCCUGCUUACUUGGUGUUGUCCGCCCACUAGCACACUUAAUCUGCAUAAAUAAAUUUUUUUACAUCUCACAGAUUUUUAUUGUUUACGCAUAAAAUGUUACAACUUUUCUUUAACCGUAGACGAUGUUUCGGUCGAUUAGAUCCAGACUUAUAAUGUACACCCAUAAUAGGGUACA